AUGAAAAGAAUUAGUUUUGUUACCUCUGGUCCUAAAUCGUCAGCCUUGCGCAAUAGAUCUAGAACUGUUGCUGCUAAAGGAAAAAGUAAGGAACAGGAAGAAUAUAAAUUCUACGAGAUGGAAAGAAUUCCAUAUCAAAAAAGAGAUACAAAAAUGAUGUCGAUACUUACAAAAUCAGUACAAAACUCAUUAGAUGCAAUAAAAUUCAUCGAAGAAGAAAAAGAUGCUAAAAAGAUUUACGAAGAAAAUUUAUAUUACUUAACAAAUCUAUUUGAACCUUUAUUUUGGCUUUUUCACUUCAAAAUGCACCUUCCUCAAGACUACAGAAUAGAUGGAUUUCAAAAAGUCACUGGUGAAGCUUGGGGUUUAUUAUUAUUUGCGUUAUAUACAGAAAAGAAGUAUCCUUCAAAGAUAAUUGAUGCCUUUUUGCGAAGUUUUCCAUAUUUUGCAACACAGACAUUACAAGACAUGUUUCUUCAAAAAUCAUGCGGAAAUCCCAUUGCAGCAAAGAAAGAUUUCAGACAAAACUUGUGUAUAUUAUCCGUCGAAACGUUUACAGGAUUUACUGCUAUCGAUUUAUUCGUAAUGCAAACCCUUCAAAAAUAUUUCAAAAUUCCACCUCAAGCAGAUAUUCCUGAUGCUUUACUUAAUCCUCCAAAAGAUCCGAAUUACAUACCUAGUAUAGAGCUUCCUAAGGAAGAUCUCAAGAGUUUAACGCCACCAGAUCAUAGAAUUCCUCCUCAAACAAUUUAUUUCCGUCCUACAUCAUUAACUCCUUUGAUUCAGAGCUCCACGAAGCGCCAGAUCAUGCCGUAUACUAAAAAUGUUAAGAUGGAACUUGAAUUUCCAAGAAAUGGAGUUGAAGAUUUGGAAUUAAAUUUCCCAACUUUGCUUCCUGAUCCUCACACCGAAGAAAACCUUACUGCAACUGUUAAUUCAUAUAAUCCUAUGAUAGAAACCAGAUCUUUGCUUCACAGAGCUCGAAAACCUCACAUUAUUGAAAAUUAUCAGCAAAAAAGAAAGGAAUUUAACGAAAGACAGUCGAUGAGAGAUGACAGGAUGAUGCAUUUCAUGGAUGAUUUGAGGACGCGCAUCAAAGAAGUUGAAAUUUGCCAACCAAAAACACUUAAAAAGUUUGUAAAUGAUCUUGGCCGUCUUUUAGCUGAAAAUAAGAGAGAUGAAAUACCAGAUAUAGAUGAUAAAGAUCCUAUUAUUGCUGCUUUCACCAAGAAGAAGCUUUCAGAAAGGAAUCCAAGCCCUCCGAAACAAAAAGAUCAAACAGAAGAAGAAAAUGCGCCAGUCGUUGACGAAGAUACUGAACGCGGUAUGAAAUUAGGUGAUCUAGAGAGGAUGAACAAAGAUGUGGCUAAGGAUAUUGACUCGAAUAUCUUAACUUUCAAGUUAAUGCACGAUGAAUUAGUUUUACACGAAGAUGAGAAGCAGGAAAAACAGAGAAGUGAAGAAAGGAUUCUCUUCUAG